CAGCGUGUUUCCGGUCGUGUCCUCUCACUCUCUAACUUGCCUCCCUGCUGCUGCUGUGUUUGUUAAAAACAGUCAGAGAUGUUUCUGUCGGAGUGUUAGCCUCCACCAGGAUGAGCUAAAAUGGAGAAGGUUACAGCAGACUCUUCUGUGGCCGAGGAGGAGGAGGAGGAUGAAAGUUCAGACCCUGAAGUUUUAUGUUUAAUGAGAGUGGGCAGAAAUUCAGACUGGCUUCGUCUGCUGGAAAACACUGAGGUUGGCUAAUGCUAACUAACGAGCUAAGUUUAACUCUGUGCAGUUUACGCUGUUGUCAGGUUUUUCACAUAAAUACUCUUUACAACUGCAGACAGUGUCUUCACUCUUUAACAUGUUGUUUAGUGUGUUUUAGUGUGUUUUGCAGCAGCUGCACAUUAUCUCUAAAACCGUGUGUUUUUGCUCCCUCAGAUCACCAUUGGUCGGGGUAUGGAUGUGAUUUACCAGCUCUUAUCUCCAACUUGUCCCCUGAUGAUCUCCAGACUUCACUGUACCUUCAAACAGAGAGAAGAUGGUCAGUGGACGGUGACAGACAAGAAGGUGACCAUCUCUGACAUGUUCAAGUAUAACUUCAUAUCAACAGGAGACUAAAAUAUUCUCUUUCUCUGUAGGUCUGGGCGAUAAAACGAUAUUGAUAUAUAUUGAAAAUUUAUUCCCGCAAUAUCAAUAUAAAACAUGGUCAAUAUGCUUUUCGAUAGUCAAUGUUUGGGUAGACUGUAUGAAUAGCCAAUGAAAAGGAGAGUUUCUCUGGGUCCACUUGAAAUGACCAUGAAGGCUCAACAGAUGACGAGUAUUAUUAUUUAUUGUUGUGAUGUGUGCUGCUGACCUCUUGGCCAGGUCAAUCUUCUAAAUGAGAUCUCGAUCUCAGCAGGUUCUUGCCUGGUUAAAUAAAGGUUAACUAAAAUAAAAGACGGUUUUUACUUUGUUCCUCAGAGUCUCAACGGUGUGUGGGUGAAUGGAAACCGCAUCCCCGCUGAAGAAUCCCAUCAGCUCAGACUGGGAGACUCUAUACAACUUGGCGUCCCUGUAAUCGGAAACAAAGUGGAGUUUGACUACAUCCUGGUCCAGCGGCCCCUCAAAGACAUUAAACCCUACCUGGCAAAGGGACAAAGGGACGGUGCUAAAGCGGCACAUGUGCCUAAAAAGCUAAAGAGGAAGAUGACUGUGGAGGAGGUCGAGCCGUCCACCUCGAAGACCAAGCUGUUCCGCUGCUCGUCUUCAGAUACGUCCUUCGCAAAGCCGUGUCCUCUGUCGUCGGGGAGACCCCAGCAGAGGCUCAGUCAGAACAAGCCAGAGGAAACAGUGACCAGCAGGCAAGUCCAGGAGGUAGAUAGACCCUCAGAUGGCUCCAGUUCCACCUGUGACCAGGACAACCUGCAAAUGUGAGUCUCUCCUGUGAAUAAUCAUCACAGUCAAGUGUCAAAGUUUGAGAAUACUCGGUGAAGGUUAUCAGGUACGUUUCUGUCUGUUCAGAGAGCAGAGUAUCUUCAGAUAACAGAGUCAUUAAACAGACCUGUCCAGUAGGGAGACCUCAGGCCAGUCCAUUACAGACUACAGCGGGGUUUCGCAGCUCAAGGAGGAACAUUUAUGAUCAUUUCUUUAUCAUUUCCUUGACGUAAUAAUCACCAUAUUAAUCAUUUUCACUGCAGACGCGGUAGUUCUUCUGUCUUAGCGUCUCGGUCUGAUUGUAUUUCCAUGAAGAAAUGAUCAUAAAUGUUCUUCCUUGAGCUGCGGCACCCCGCUGUAGUCCGUAAUGGACUGGCCUGAGGUCUCGCUACAAACAAGCGUCUGCUGGAAGAGAGUAGGUGAGUUGUGUUUAGUCUCUUUGUUAAAGAAAUGAGUCAAAGUUAAAAAGAUGUUUGGUGUCUAGUACUAUGGCUGUGACCCUAUAUGUCCUGUUGAUGAAGUUAGGUGCUGUUCUGAGCAUUAUUUGUGGCUAUAGAGUGGCGUUUUGGUUGAGCGCGUGGCUCUCUGUAUUUCUAUCCUGCAGUCGUUACUAAAGUUGGUAUAACUAGAGAAGCAAGCGGUCGGCAACAUUCAUCUCUGGAGGGGGGGUCUAACUCGGUCUUACGUUUGACCCUAAAUAAAUUUUACGCCGGAAUAUCCCUUUAAAUAAGUUUAAGUAAAUCAGACUUGGAUUAUCUUCAUAUCUUUGCAGGUACAGUCAGAACAUCCUGAUGCUGAGGGAGCAGGUGGACCACACAGAGAGGCAGGUGGCCUCUCUGGGAGGUGAGCCGCGGCAGACGGACCCACUCAGAGAGGAGCAGGUGAAGAAGUUACAGAGUCAGCUGGAGAUGCUUCGAGCCAAAAUGCACCGCAUGGAGACACUAGAGAAGUCCUUCAGUGAGCCCAAGAGACAGCUGGAGGUAAGAGGUUUUCCAGAGUCAUAGAUACUCCUCAUAUCUCACAGUGUAAGGACAUUUGAACGGACAAAGAUGAUGAUUUUUUUCAUGUUUAGGCACAGAAAACACGGCAGCAAGAGGAGCCCAUGAAAAAGCAGCUGGAAGAGGCCCUGCAGGAGGUAUGUGUGUGUAAACGACAGCUUCACCAUCUGCACAAAGGAUCAGAUGUGAAAAUAUGAUGCUAGAAUUUGUGUUUCUCUUGAGUUUAAAACUCACUUUGUCUCACUGAAUAAACAGCAAAAGAAGGUGAUCGAAGAGCUCGCUCUGUCUCGACAAGACUUUGAGGCGAUUCUCUCUGCCAAAAAUAAAGAACUGGAAGUGACGAAGGUAAAACUGUUCCUCUGAUAUGUUUGUUUUGUUUUAGCUAAAGUUGUUUUUACUAUUGAUUAAUUACUCAUUUAUUUUGCAGGAGGAGAAAGAAAAGGCGAGGGCGCAGAAGGAGGAGGUGGUAACACAAGUGACUGAGGUUCUGGAGAAUGAGCUUCAGUGUAUCAUCUGCUCGGAGCUCUUUAUCGAGGUGGGAAUCUUAGAAGUACAAAAACGAGUUUCAAUAAUUACAAUAAAACAUGUUUGAGGAACUCCUCCGUGAAAACGUAAACUUGUUUUGCAGGCCGUCAUCCUGAACUGUGCACACAGCUUCUGUUGUUUCUGCAUCAAGCAGUGGCGUAAAAAGAAAGACGAGUGUCCGAUCUGCAGACAAGCCAUACAGUCCCAGACCCGCUGUCUGGCUCUGGACAACUGCAUCAACAGCAUGGUGGAGAACCUGAGCCUGGACAUGAAGGCGAGGCGGCAAACCCUCAUCUCUGAGAGGAAAGGUGAGAGGUGCGUCAUGAUGAUGAAGAGUGUUAUCAGGAGGCUGAAGUUAAAAUAGUGUUUUUAUUUUUUAAAGGAACCACUUAGUAUAAAAAUAGUGAAAACAAGAGGUGUGUAUCCAACCUCACCUCCCAAAAAGUCUAAAUUUUGAGUUAAAUCUGAAUAAAAACAGACGCUGAUGCUUUGAAAAGUUUUCAAACCUCUUUUUUUUUAAAGUAAGAUUUCUUUGCAUGUUUUAUUUUAUGAGUUAGGAACGCCUAAGAGAGACAGGAAUCGAACCAGCAACUGCUGCCAUGAGGGCUACAGCCUCUCAAAGUAGGGCACUUAUGCUGCGUUCGAGUUACCUCGGAAGUCAGAUGUCGGAGCUGAGAAUGUUGUCACACCCGAAUUACCAACGUUUAAGUUACCAAGUCAGAAAAAAGCAAAAUUGGAGGCCUCAAACAAAAGGUGAAAUCUAUGAAAGUUAGUUUAGUGCUUGCCUCUGACUUCAGAGUUAACUCGAACGCAGCAUUAGACUGCGAGUAACCAAAGUAACCUGCUGCUAACCUUAAACAGAUGAACCGAUCUGAAGUUUCUUUGUUACGAUGUUGUUAAGCAGACACUUUUAUCAAGAGCAAGAGCUUUUUAGUGUGAUUUUUCUGUUUGUUUGUCUCUGUCUCAACUUUUUCAAAACAUGUUGCUGAAAUUUAAAACGAACAUUUUUAAAAACAGACAGAUAACAUUUACAGUUCCAGCUCUAUUUUCAGUCACAUAAAGGCUCUAAAUGAUUUAUAAACCAUCAUUUUCUGUUUUUAACAACAUUUUGCACAGCUUCCCAACUUUGUCAGAACUGGGUUGUGUGUUUUUCGUGGUGGUGAGUUGUGCGUUUAGAGGCAGUCAGUUUUUCUCAGGUCAUCCAGCUUCACACUCACAUCAGUGUACCUUAUAUUCUUUAUUUCCAAACAUGGACCAGCCUGUGACAGUGAUGUAGGUUUGUCAGCAGUCAUGAAAAGAAGACCUAAAACAGACAUUUAAAUCUGUGCCUUCUUACCAGCAUCGGUGUGCAGUGGCAUGUUUAUCAGAUGAGAUGAUCAGGACUCACUGACUCACCGAGGGGAUCUCUGUGACUAAUGUUUGUGUCAUGUCCUCUGAAGAAGUGUGGGACCCUCAGCUGGUGCGAUGACGCCGCUCAGAGGAUCUCAGGCAGGAAGAGAAACAUGUCUUUAAAGGAUCAUUUAGGAGAGAGUCACGGUUUAAUCAUCCUCGUUAUCGGAGGGCUGUGGGCCAGCUGAGGACAGUGACCAGUUUAGACACAAGGUGGCGGCAAAACAAUGCUGAAUCUUUUGAAUGACAUCUCACUAAUGCUAAAAUGAUGUUUUCGGUGCAUUUUGAGUCGAUGCAAAAGCUCAAAAGAAGUACAGGUGGGAUACGGAUAGUUUUCUGUGCAUGUUGGGUUCAAUCGUGCCAAAAUAGUGCUUUAAAAACAUGGAAAAGACAAACUUAAACAGAGGGAAGAGAGUCGGGGGUGAGAGGCUUUUGAAUUUCACACAUCCUUUCUGUUUAAAUCAAGAAUAAGUACCAUGAAAGAAGCCCCCCGUUCCUGUAGAGGGUCCGUCUGUAGAUCUUCCAGAUCUUUGAUGACACAUAUAAAAAGCCGGGUUCAUAUUCGACUCUGUUUCUUGCUUCUUUUUUUAUGAACUGUUGGAGAAACUGCAGAGCAGGAAUAACAGAGUUUAACCAAGUCAAGUCACAUUAGUUUUAUUUAUGUAUCCUGUUCUCCACAUCAAAACUUUGCCUCAGGGGCUUCGAUGUCUGAACAGAAACAACAUCCUCCUCUCUAAUGAGAUCAAACCCUUUUCUGGCUUAAUGGAGGAAACAUGAGAGGGAGAAACUCGGUAGGGGUCUCGCCAUUUUGGGGUUUGUUGCCAUCUUGAGUAUUUCCCGUCUUUUAAUGAGAUAUGGAGGGGCCUGGCGCUGACACACAUACGGAUGCUGCUCUCUUUGUGUUUCCAGCAGCAGCUGCCUCAGCUCAGGUGAUCGAGUUGAUCCACGAUGACGACAGCAGCAGCAGCAGCGGCGACAGCGGCAGCAGCAUGGUGUCCAUCGACAGCAGCCUCAGCUCGGUGGUCUCGGUGGACAGCCCCCCUUUGGGCUCCAGCUCCUUCUACAGCGGCAUCUCUGAUGAAAGUGUGGAUGAGUUGGAGGAUUAGCUCUUCUGGCCUGUAGGUGGCGAUGGAAAAAGGGACUUUGAAGCGUAGUUGUUUCCUCAGUUAUCUUUGGACUUUGAAGGUGAAAGUUUGGGUUCAUCAUGACUCAGAUAAGUAAAUUAAGCUGAGGUUUGUUUGUUUUUUUUUCUUUUUGUUAAAAUAUACGUUGUCUUCUUGUCAUUAUUUUCAAAAAAAAGGAAUAAAGUCUUUUCCUAUGCACACUUAUUGACA